UUUAAUACACUUUUCAAAAACAUAAAUAUGUAUAAUGCGGUAAAAACCCAACAUUGCAUCUUAUUAAACGUUUUCUCCUUGAUUUAAACUAAUAGAUGGAUACGUUGAAAACCUGUCUUGGUUAAAGUUAACUUCCUUCAUUCAUUUAGUUUCCCAACGGAUUUGUUGGUCCCCACAACGAAAUGUCUUUGUUAUCAACUUAUAUUUUAUUCACCUCGAUUUUAAUACAUUUAACUUCAAAAACGAACGGUCAGCACCGUAACCUUGAAGAGAAUGAUGCGUGUUCUUUAACCGAUGGAGAUGUGGGUGUGUGUAAAAGAGUCGAUUUAUGCGCAUCGGCUAAACAAUUGUUGUUAAACAGAAGAAAACCUAAUUUAUGCGGUUUUGAUACAAUUCUACGAUUACUUCCGAUUGUUUGUUGUGUUCCUGGAGAAGAUUUACCUUUUGAUCCUAACUUUUUGUCGUUCUACAAACAUUAUAAUUUUACAAGACCUAAUAUUUUAUAUAAUUUUAAUGAAAUGAAUGUGUUAAGUUAGAAUUAAAAUUAAAAUUAGAAGAUAAUGGAUUACGUAGUAUACUAAGUUUUUUUAAUAAUACAGAUUCUAACAUUA